AUAGAUGCUGUGACCAUGGCAUCCCAAGGCCAGGUCAUUUUCUGGAGCAUGACUACAGUCAUUGUCAUCCUGGCUGCAGUGAUCACCCUGAUCAUUGGUUUUGGUGUCUCAGGAAAACACUCCAUCAGUGUGACGGCACUGACGUCUCCAGGGAACAUUGGCCAGCGCAGCAUCCUGGGCUGCACUUUUGAGCCUGACAUCCGGAUGGACAGCAUAGCAAUCCAGUGGGCCAAGGAGGGAGUAGUUGGGCUGGUUCAUGAGUUUAAGAGUGGGAAGGACCACCUGCAAGAACAAGAUCCAUCAUUUCAGGGCCGCACGGCCGUGUUUGUGGACCAGGUGAUCGGCGGGAAUGCUUCCCUGGAGCUGAGGGAUGUGCAGCUCUCCGAUGCUGGCACCUACCAGUGCUCCGUCACCACAGCCAGAGGGAGUGGGGCAGCGGUGCUGCAGUACAGGACAGGAGCCUUCAGCAUGCCCAUGGUGCAGGUGGAGAGCAGCAGCCAUGGGAACACACUGCAGUGCGAAGCCCCGCGCUGGUUCCCCUGCCCUGCCGUGCGCUGGACGGCCUACGGUGACACUGGGGAGCACCUGCCCCACACUGCCAACACCAGAUACGAGCUGAACCCUGGAAACAUCACUGUGAGGGUGGUUUCUCUCCUGCACAGCGUCAUUGCUAAUGCCACCUACACCUGUGUGAUUGAAAACAGCAUUGCCAAGGCUAUGGGCAGCAUCACAGUGACAGAUUUCAGCAUUACAAAGGUGACUAACUUGCAGCUGGUGAGCCUGAAUGCAGAGUCAGUGUCAUCCUUUCCAGCCUGUCACUGGAUGCUUCUGCUUCCCUUGUACCUGCUGUCAUUAUAAAGCCUCUAUAAAGCAAUCGGAAACUCUGCUGGACCUGCAGAAUGGACCAAAGAAAAUAAGGCUGUCACAGCAAUAUUUGCAGAGACUUCUGCUUUAAGCCAUUUUAGCAACCUUUUAAGAUGGAGUCUCAGAACUUGACUGA